AUGUCUUCCACGGCCUCUACCACCAAGGUCGACACGUUGGCUAAUACGACCUCCGCGGCUCCAUCGACUGAAGCAACCUCUUCUUCUUCUUCUUCUUCGGCUGCCCCAACGACGACUAGCACCACCAGCAGUGAACACACGACUAGCACGACUAGCAUUCCGUCAACAACUUCCACUUCCACCUCUAGCACUUCCUCGACUACCUCGGUGCCGACCACGACUUCAACUACGUCGUCUACGUCCACGUCAAUUCCUCCUACUACUACGUCCACGUCCUCUACCUCCUCGACUACGUCGGCUGUCGAAACUACGAGUUCCUCUUCAACGGUCGUGGUCGUGACGCAGACACAGACCGAUUCCUCGACUACCAACACCGCAUCCUCGACCAUUUCCUCGGCGAGCGCGACUACCUCCGCUGGUUUAUCCACCUCGACUUCCGCCGCCAGCAGUGGCCUAUCCUCUGGCGGCAAGAUUGCCGUUGCCGUUGUCGUGCCCGUCGUUUCCGUAGCUUUGAUUAUUCUGGCCGCGCUCUGGUUCUGGCGCAAGCGUAAGGCGAACAAGGCUGCCGAGGAAGAGCGCCGCAAGGAGGUUGAGGAAUAUGGCUUCAACCCCAACAAUGAUCCUACUCUUCCAGGCAUGAUGGUUGCCGGUAGCGUUGCUCCCAAGGACGACACCUCUUCCGGAUACCGUGGCUGGGGUACCACCUCCGCCGGUCGCAAAGCCUCUACCAAUCUGUCCAGUGGAAUGGGCAUGGCCAUGUCCGAAGGAAGCGGUGCUUACCACCACGUCGCGACCCCCAGCGAAGGUACCGUGCAGUAUUCUGAGGGUACUCGUCCCGACUCGGGCGAAGUUGAACCCAUUGGCGUGCUGGGCGCCGUCCCCGUUGCAGCCAACAACACCCGCACUGGCGACAUCCAUCGCGGACCCUCGAAUGCCUCUUCGGCGUACUCGGCUGCCAACCACUCUGAGGCUUCGGAGGAGAGCCACAUGUCGGCGGGCCACCCGUCGGCUGGUUAUUACGGAGAUAACCCUUACUAUGGCGAGAUGAACAACCACGGCGCUUACGGUGGUGAGGAUUACCAGCCCGUCAUUCGGGAUGUCCAGGCGCGCCGUAACACGCGCAUCGAGAAUCCCGGUGUCUACCCGCGAUCCGGCAACGCCGGCAUUGCCCAGAAUUUCUAA